UACGCGCACACACUUGCAUCGUCACAACGACAGUCAAAGGGAAAAGAAAGUGGUAAUUACCGUGAAAAUAUCUGAUAAUCGGAACUCCUCGAGAUUUGAUCUCCGGUGACCGACGCUCGAUCUUCCGAUCACCGUGAAAAUAUGGAUUCUUGAAUUUCUUUGUUCCGAGUAAACUCACCGGAGAAUAAAGCUAAAAUGGAUUCUGAAGAUACGAAGAGGCAAAAGAGGGUUUUCUCUUUGUUAGCUUUAAGAUUCUGUACAGUGAUAGUAUUCUCGGUCGUCAGCUUCUUCGUCUUGUCGUUUAUAUUAGGAGUAUUAGUGAUUAUACUCGGUGAACUCUGGGUUUCUUCUUCUACUUCCUCCGCCUCUCUUGCUUCCCGCUGCAAGAUUCUUUCCAGCUCGGUUGAUCUUAGGUCUUCCAAAGUGUGCGGCAUUGGACUUUUGAACAACAAAGCACAACAUGUGUUUCAUCCUUUUGAGAGAGAUAAGUUCAGAUGUCGCUAUGAUUACUAUUGGGCUUCUGUCUUCAAGGUAGAAUAUAAAGAUCACUUAAUGGGUCAAACAAGGCUAGCCUUCUCAGAAGCACCUAAUGAAGCCCUUCCCCCUGAGUGCAGGCCUAACUUUGGUGCUGCUUUGCUUACCAAAGAUAACUUCAAGGUGAACGAGACUUACGAUUGCUGGUACGCAAUAGGGAUUCCAAAAAUCAAGCUUUAUCAGGACGGCUUUUUCGGUUGCCAAGCAAAUGAUCUCUCUUUCACCGACAUUUUUAAACAAUACGCUGUCUUGCUGUCUAAGUUAUUACAGUCCUGGUUUAAUGGAAAAGGAAGACCAAAGUACUGGAGAUACGAUGUGAUCGCUGGCAUUGUAUCUGGCUUCUCAACCUCCAUAAUCACAGUCUUGGUCGUACGGAUCUUAAGCAAUGCAAAGUCUUGGUUCCCUCGAGCUUGUUGUUCGGUUAAGAGCAAGCUUUCUAAGGUGAACCUCUUCGUACAAGUGAAGCGUGCGUGUUUGGUCAUUGCGUACUUCUACAUUCUCGGAUGGAUGGCUACGCAGUACUUAAAAAUUAUUUUCCCAAAGGCUUAGAAGAAAACACAUGUAAAAGAGUUGUGUGAUGUAAUCUUAAAAUCAUUUACAGCGAAAAGUAAGCAAUGCAGAGAACAGCUUUAGAA